CAGUUGGUGGCGGUAAUGCACCAAAACUUGGCUUGCCAACCACCUAAGAAGAAGAAGAAGAAGAAGAAGAAGAAGAAGAAGAAGAAGAAGAAGAAGAAGAAGAAGAAGAAGAAAGAGCUCACGUGGGAUGUGUUUGUGUAUCAUCAGUGUUUUUCUCUCUUGAGUGUUUUAAACAGAGUCUUGUCUCUGUAUAUUUUAGUGUUGAUGAUGGAUGUGAUGUGCUGUAAAUCAGUAGGAACUGAUCUGUCCAUGCUGGAUAUUGAUGAUUUCAUCACAGAAAUCUCUCAGCUGAAGAAAGAGGUGGCGUUACUGGAGACAAAGCUGAGAUUAAGAGGAGAUGAAGGACUGAAGAGAGAGGACUCCGAGCUCAGUCUGACUUUACUCUGUUAUACUGAGUCAAAGCACACAGACGCUCAGGACACUACAGUGUGUGACAGUAAUCAGGACUUACAGGAUGAUGAAUCUACUGAUCAAACCUCCACAGAGUCUCUGGAUUCUGUCUGUAACGCUGGAGAACAGCAGCAGAUCCUGCAGAACAAACUCAACAUGUGUUCAGUCAAACUCAUCGACUGCAAGAACCUCAUGAUGGAGACGAGAAGAGAAACCACAGAGAAAGAUCACACUGAUGAAGAUUGUUUUAUUUCUUCAGAUGAGAAGAGUGAUUCAUGUUGUGAUGAUGAAAUGACAUCCAAGAAGAGACAGACAGCACAAACUCAGGAGAAAAAACUUGAUUCAGAAGAGAACAGAGAGAAGAUGACGACAAAGAAGAAGCCGUUUCACUGUCAGCAGUGUGCAAGGUGA